GCAUGGUCUUUGUCGCACUAUUCGACUUCAACCCAAGACAACAUCAUCAUGUUGGCUGCCCGCAACGUUGCGCGCCGUGCUCUCCACGCUCCACGUCAUCUUGGCUUGAGCUGGCGGCUGCUAAGCUCACAGGCAGCCCUUGCGGAAGUGGACCAACGCUUUACAGUCGAGCUCGCGGCCCUCGACCAACCCGAGCUGCUGCGCGCCAACAUUACAAAGGCCUUGAACGCUAUCGUACCAGGCUGGGAAAAGGCAGCGCCAAAUGAUGUCGCGCUGACGCACCUCAGCGGAGCGAUGACCAACGUCAUCUUCACGUGCACGAAACCAACACCAGUCAACUCGGAGGUGCUCCUCCGCGUCUAUGGCGCGGGCACCGACAGCUUCUUUGAGCGGAAUGAAGAAAUGCAAGUCUUUCAAGAGCUCUCGCGCUACGAGCUCGGAGUCGGCCUCCUCGGCGAGUUUGACAAUGGCCGUGUCGAAACCAUGAUUGACGGCGCCACGUGCACGGCCGCCGACAUCCGCGACCCGCUCAUCUCGACCAAGAUUGCGCGCAAGUUCCGCGCCUUCCACGACGUCAACGUCGACAUUGACCGCCACCCGCGCAUCCUCAAGAACAUCCACAAACUCUUUCGCGACGCCAAGUCCAAGGUCGCUGCCGCCACAUCCAUCUCGGUCGACUUUGACGCGUUUGCCGAGGACAUUGGCACGCUCGAGACGAUGCUGGCGGCCGUGCCGUCGCCGGUCGUGUUUUGCCACAACGAUUUGCAGUACGGCAACAUCAUGCUCUCGAGCAAGACGGACGACGUGGUCUUUAUCGAUUUCGAGUACAGCCACUACAACCCGCGCGGGUACGACCUCGGCAACCACUUUAGCGAGUGGUGCUACAACUACCACGGCGAGACGCCGCACCUCGGCGACUUUGGAGCGUAUCCGAGCGUGGACGAGCAGCGGGCGUUCUGCCGUGCGUACUUGGAAGCGGACGGUGCGCCGACGGCAGCGGACGUGGAGGCGCUGCGGACGGAGGCCAACACGUAUGCGCUGGCGACGCACUUGUUUUGGUCGUUGUGGGGCUUUAUCCAGGCGACGCAGUCGACGAUCGACUUUGACUUUGAAGCGUACGCCAAGUGUCGCUGGGCGGCCUUCCAUAGCCAACGUCAAAACAUUGUCUAGCU